AUGGAAACAAACAAGUCCUCCGGAAGUCGACGACCUGCUGAGAAUGCGGACCAGAGUCCUUCAGAAGUUCAGUACGUAGAGCACCACACAACUCCAGGGCGAGCUGCAAACAAUGGCUACGGCUUCAAUAACGACCUGACUCCGAACUCGUCGGACGUUCCCGAUCCUGGACCGUCUGAUACCGUUAUGACCGACUUGGAAUACAGCGCCAUACGUGAGAGAUUGUUGCAGGAACCUUUGACGCCUGAGGAGUUGCAAGCAAUAGAGAACGGCGCUCUCCCCGGAACCUACGAAGAGCUAGUCGCCCAUUCAAGCCAAUUCCCGAAUAUCCAUGAGAUGUUUAAUCGAAUAGUCAUAGAUCACGACCGUGGCUACAAGAACAUUAGUGUUUCAUCCAUGUCAACUGCCUCUGCCUCCCACCAGGCUGUUGUCGCGCCUGAGGCCCUUGGUCCGGCUACACUAGGUCAUCUUUCGCAAUCAGUCGCCUCUUCUGCUGGUCAUUCUAUCGCUCAAAGCAGUACCAGUAAUCAAUCCCCUCGCAGAGUUCAAGUUGGGCCUCCUAUCGUUUCCCAGGAGACAUGCAAUGGACCUCAUGGCAGGGGCGGCUGUAUGGCCCUCGUCUAG